AUGUCGGACCACGAUCAGCACGAACACGACGAUCUUGUCGAAGAAGAAUACCUCCAGCAAGACGAAGUCCUGGAAGAAGAAGUCCCCGAUCUUGAUCAAGGCGAGCCUAUGGAAAGCGACGACGACGAAGCGGUCAAUCCGCUUGAAGGUUAUGAAUUGAGACCCUCCGCUGACGAUGAAAAUGUCAUGGAACUCGCGGACGAUUCCGUCCAAGGUUUCUUUGAUCAUCAAGAACCUGUGUAUGCUGUGGCCUUGAAUCCUAAGUUCAGCAAUAUCGUUGUCAGUGGCGGUGGUGAUGACAAGAGCUAUUUAUGGCGUACCGAUACCGGCGAAAAGCUUUUCGAGUUUGAUGGACACAAGGAUUCGGUGACAAGCGUAGCCUUCUCUGUCAAUGGUGACUAUGUGGCUUCGGCUGGUAUGGACGGUAAAGUGCGCGUAUGGAAAACAGAAACUGGCGAGUUUUGUUGUGCAGUGGACGGUCCCGAUGAGAUCAAUUGGAUCGAUUGGCAUCCCAAAGGAAAUAUUCUUUUGGCCGGCGCAACGGAUUCAACGAUUUGGAUGUGGGCAAUGCCUAGCGGUAAAUUCAUGAACAUCUUUAACGGUCAUGCUGGCCCCGUCACGGCUGGCCGCUUCACCCCUGAUGGCAAGAAGAUCGUUUCCGUAUGCGAAGAUACCUCAUUGAUCGUGUGGGAUCCUAAAUCGGCGGCUGCCGAAAUCCGUUUGUCGGGUGAAGAUGCCCGUUUCCAUUUGGAACCCAUCACCACCGUCGCUGUCAACAGAGACAGCACCUUGGCUAUUACGGGUUCAAUGGACGGCAAGGCCCGACUUAUCAACAUUAUUCACGGCAACAUUGUCGCUUCUUUGGAGAACCACAGUGAAUCUGUCGAAACUGCUUCUUUCUGUGAUGUACUUCCGUUGGCAGCUACCGGAUCAGUCGAUGGCACCAUUUCCAUCUGGGAUGUGCAAACGCAGCGUCUCCGAUCAACUUUGAGACACGAGGAUGCGGUCGUCAAGGUUGAAUAUGUUCGCAACUCGGCCAUGCUCGUUUCUUGUUCGGUUGACAAGACGUUGAAGCUUUGGGAUACAAGAACUGGCAACUGUGUUCGAACAUGGGUUGGCCAUCGUGACACGAUUCUUGACUUUGCCAUCUCAAAUGACGGACAAACGAUUGUUACAGCCUCGGAUGAUGGCCACUGUUUAGUAUUCAAGGCAUAA